AUGAGUGAUGUGGAAUCUUAUGCGGGGGACAGGAAGGAUGCGGAGAAGCCAUUGCCGGCGAAGGACCUCGAGCCGUUUGGCAAUGAGGAGUCGGCGGAGGUCAAGUACCGGACCAUGAAGUGGUGGCACUGUGGCAUGCUCAUGAUUGCUGAGAAUGUCUCGGUGGGAAUUCUGUCCCUGCCGUCUGCUGUGGCUACGCUUGGAAUGGCUCCCGCUGCUAUCAUGAUCUUGUUCAUAUCCGCCCUUUCAUGGUACACGGGCUAUGCCAUUGGGCAAUUCAAACUCCGCCAUCCUGCUAUCCAUAGCAUGGGAGACGCUGGCGAGCUUUUAAUGGGUCGUCUGGGUCGCGAGGUCCUGGGUCUCGGCCAGCUGUUGCUGCUCAUUUUCCUGAUGGCCAGUAACAUCCUGACGUUCAACAUUCUGAUGAACGUUCUGACGGACCACGGUACUUGCACUUUGGUCUUUGGUGUUGUCGGUCUGGUUAUCUGUUUCUUGGGUGCUUUGCCGCGUACCAUGGAUAAAGUGUAUUGGAUAACCUCUGACUCAUUUCUUUUAGCGUUCCUGAGUGUCUUCGUUGCUACAGUGGUGACUAUGAUCGCUGCUGGAGUGGAGAGCAAAGGCCAUAUCCCGAUCCAUGCCACUACAGAUGUUAGCUUCCGCGAAGGCUUCCUUGCGGUGACCAACAUCAUCUUUGCCUACCUCGCUCACGUUGCCUACUUUGGUUUCAUGUCCGAAACCGAGGACCCUCGCACCUUCAACAAAUCCCUGGCCAUGUUGCAAAUUGUCGACACGGUUCUGUAUCUCAUCAGUGCGAUGAUCAUCUACCGCUACGUCGGACCCGACGUCAAGUCCCCGGCCAUCUCGUCCUUGAGUCCAAUCAUGAGCAAGAUCGCCUGGGGUCUUGCCAUUCCUACUGUCAUCUUGUCUGGUGUCGUCCUCGGACACGUUGCCUGCAAGUACAUCUACGUGCGUCUCUUCCGUGGUUCGGACAAGAUGCACCGCCGCGACCUGAUGUCUAUUGGAUCCUGGGUGGCCAUUUGCCUCUUUGUCUGGAUGGUGUCCUGGGUUGUGGCCGAGUCGAUUCCUGUGUUCAACGACCUUCUCAGUUUGAUUAGUGCGCUUUUCGGAAGUUGGUUCAGCUUCGGAUUCCCCGCCAUUUUCUGGCUGCACAUGAACAAAGGCCAAUACUUCCGGAACGCUCGGAAGAUCUUCCUGACGGCCUUGAACGUCGCCAUCCUGGCCAUCGCCACUGCUAUUUGCGGUCUCGGCCUCUACGUCUCCGGCGCCGCCAUCCACGACGACUCGAGCUCCAGCAGCUGGUCAUGCGCCAAUUCCGCCUAG